UUCAUCAUAAUACCAUUAUACCCAUUGAAACUCCAAUACCAGUACAAAAACUACGAAUUUGAUACCCCGCUCCCACAAACACACCACAAGUCUAGCUUCAUCACACGAUCCAGACUCUCUUAAUUCCCUGCCUCCAUUCUUAACGAACAAGCACGCGACCACUUCGACACGUCUUCUAGCUUUUAACUAAGUACGAAGACUCAUUAUUGCUACAGCUUUUAGCUUCAUCUACUCAACUUCACCUCAUCAACCUUUACGACCACAAUCAUGGCUGUUCUUUCCGCCAACGUUAACAAGCCUACCGACAAGGCCCUCAAGGAGGCCGACAUCAACCGCAAGCUCCAGGUCUACGGCAUCUUCAGCGCCUUCAAGGCCGGCAAGGUCCCUUCCAACGAUCAGAUUGACGUCGCUCUUAACAGCUUCCUCGAGUCCAAGGCCCUCUCUGCCCCUUCUGACAAGCUCUCUGCUGAAGGUAAGAAGCUUGUCGAGGACACCCGCGAGGUUAUCCGCCUGGCCAAGGUCCUCCUGCUCUCCAAGAACGAGGGCAACCUGAUCCAGGACUUCAUCUGGCAGACCACCCAGUUCGACCCCAAGAGCAUCGACUCCGUCAAGUCUCCCCUCGAGAAGGAUGCUGCUAAGCGCGACGGCGAGGACGCUCUCCACGGCCUCCGCACUCUUGGUACCUUGCUCAUCACUAACGGCCAGUUCCGCAAGCUCCUUAAGGAUGCUUCCAUUCUGAUCCGCGAUAUGGUGAGCGAUGCCGCUGGUGGCGCGGGUUCCUACAUCCGCCCCUCUGAGGAGCAGCUUGGUCAGAUUGAUCAGGCCGCCGAGGACAACACCUGGCACGAGGCCCCCAAGUUCUCUAAGGCGGAGCUCAAGAAGCAGGCCCAGGAUCUCUACAAGGGCAAUGCCAAGAAGGACGCCCAGGAGGUUCUCAACGCUGCUCAGGAGGCCGCUACCCCCACUGGCCAGGGCAAGGACCUCACCACUGAGGAUGCCAAGGCUGGCGUUAACGCCGGUGCUUCUGCCCUCAAGAAGAAGCUCGAUGCUCAUGUCGACCCCGAGGCCAAGGAGAAGCUCAAGAAGCGCAACGCCGAGUACAAGGCCAAGGCCAAGGAGUACCUCAACAAGAAAAUGCCCCAGGAGCGCCGCGACCAGAUCAUCUGGCGCCUGAAGAAGAUGGUUCUCGAGUGCCAGUCUCACGCUGACUACUCCGAGGCCAUCCAGACUCUCCUCCGCCUCGCUGAGGAGUACGGCAAGCACGGCCAGUCUCUUGGUCAAAGCUCCACCGGCUCUGCUAAGCAGGUUCGCACCGGCUUCGCUGCCGCCGAGGCUGACCUCCGCCUCCUGAUUGAGCGCUUUGCCAACGGCACUUCUACUUCUGGUCUCUGGGAAUCCAUUGGCCAGAUCUAUAAGGACGCCGAUAAGGACGCCGAACUCAAGGGCUGGUUCAAGUCUGUUGACGCUUACAUCCGCCGCUGCCUCCUUGAGCAGGGCUACGUCCUGGACGAGGUCUCCACUAAGGACUGGGACCGUCUCUACGACCAGGGCCGCGUUUUGCUUCGCGAAAAGUACAGAGGCCACACUGACCGUGUCCUCGACGAGACCAAGGCCCUUGCCGACCAGUUCGAGCAGGACCCCCACAACAAGGCCUUUGGCGAGGCUGUUCAGAGACUCUUCCAAGAUCUCGGCAACGACGAGAACGGCAAGUCUACCUUCAAGCCUCACCUUCUCAAGGAUGUCUUCAAUGUCAUCCUCCCCUCCGUCCUCGAGACCACCUCUUACAUCCCCAUUCCCCGCAUCGAGUACACCGACAACCAGGUCGAUGCCGUCAUCGAGAACCUUGUCCUCGAGAGCGACAACUUCAUGCCCAACGUCCUCGAGAUUGCCAGCGAGAACCAGUUCAAGUGGGGUCGUAAGAAGAUUGCCAACUCCAACUUCAACACCAUGGACGUCAAGGUCUCUGGUAUUCAGAUGGAUCUCCUUGAUGUCAGCUUCCACGUCAAGCGCAAGACCGGUUUCCCCCGUGUUUCCGACACCGGUGUCAUGGACAUCUUGCUGCCUGGCGACGGCUUCUCUUUCCGCAUGAAGGUUGCCACUGCCCGCAAGCACGACUCCCAGAAUCUCUUCAAGGUUGAGAAGGUUGACGUCGACUUCAAGUCCCUCAACAUCAACCUGAAGAAGUCCAAGCACAAGUUCCUCUUCAAGAUUGCCAAGCCUAUCCUCCUCAAAGCUCUCCGCCCUGCUCUCCAGAAGGCUGUUGAGAAGGCCAUCAAGGACAAGUGCAACGAGUUUGAUGCUACCCUCUGGGAGAUCAAGAACGAGGCCGAGGCCGCUGGCGAGAACGUUGCUGCGGGCGAGAAGAAGCAGGGCUUCGCCAAGCGCUUCUACAACGCUUCUCAGAAGCGCGUCCUUGAGAACAAGGAGAAGGCCAAGGCCAAGAAGGAGGAGGCCAAGGCUAAGGCUGAGGCCGACGGUCGCAAGGUUAACAUUGCCAUGACCAAGGAAGACAGCCUCUUCCCCGCUCUCGACCUCCCUGGUGGUGUUAGCACCAAGGCCACUGAGUACAAACAGCUUGCUGGCAAGGGCGAAAAGUGGGAGAGCCCCGUCUUCUCCAUUGGGAAGGCCGACAAGAGCACCGACAUUCCCUCUGCCCCUCAGGUUGAGCGCAAGCAGGUGAUCCCCUCUACUCCCAAGGUCGGUACCACUGCUGCUGCCACCACUGCCGCCGUCAGCAACGGUGCCGCCACUGCCAACGGUAACGGCCAUGCCAACGGCAAUGGUCUCGCCAAUGGCAACGGUCACACCAACGGUCAUGCCAACGGCAAGGCUCCCGCUGCUGCCGAGAACACCGACCUAGCCAGCGAUGCCCGCAUUGCUGCUAUUGCCGCCAACGCUGCCUUCCAGAACAGCCAGUAAAGCAAUCUGAGGCUUUGUACCAUUUUGACGCGAACGAAAACGAUUAUACCCAUGACAUGCGAGCUUGAGGCGCGGUAGCUUUGCUUGGAGAUACCAUUGCUUUGUCGGUUUUUCAUUUUGCUUCUUUCCCUGUUUAAUACGACGAUGAGUGCAUAAGCCGCUCAGGAUAAUUACAUAAAAGGGGUUCUGUUUUGUUGUUUCUGUCGGAACCAGUCUUGAGGGCUGCUUCACCAUACCACUUUUCCUAUGUCUUUUUUUCAUUAAUAGUUUAAGUACUGGUUACGAAUCAAAUUGAAUGAGUAUUCUUUUCUAUAU